CAAGCCUCACAUCGACCACUCCAUAGCUCCUCACGGCCAUGAAGCUCUCCACCUUCCUCGGAUCCCUGCUCGUGCUGCUUGCCACCCCCACCAACGUCGCCAACGCAGAGUGCUCUGACGUCCACGUCGUGUUUGCACGCGGCAGUGGAGAGAUGGCGGGUCUUGGCAUCUGUGGCCAGCCCCUCGUCAAGGGCAUCACCUCCAACCUCGGCGGCAUGAGCGUCUCGUCCUACGCAGUGAGCUACCUUGCAUCCUACGACCAAACAAGCGCCGGUCCGGGUGCCACCGACAUGACCAACCACGUUGUGUCGGUCGCUCAGCAGUGCCCCAACACCGUCUUCGUGCUGGGCGGCUAUUCGCAGGGCGCCAGUGUCACCGACAUCUCCAUUGGCAUCAAGACGAUGCUCGGCUCCGGUAAAACCAUCCCGGAAAGCUUGGCCCCACGCAUCAAGGCCAUUGUGACGUUCGGCAACCCGUUGAAGCUCAUGGGCCAGACCAUCAAGAGCUCGAGUUCAACGUACGGCUCGAAGGCCAUCGAGUUCUGCAACACGGGCGACCCGGUCUGCGCCGCUGGCUUCAACAUGAUGGCUCACCUGAUGUACGCGACGGACGGUAGUGUGACGUCCGCAGCCAAGCAGGCUGCUGCGUUGGUGAAGGGCGGAACGAGAGCUCUGCGCGGUUGA